AUGGCGGUGUCUCGGGGCGCUCGUAACCGGCUAGCCCAAGUCACGGAGCAAUCGAGUGGUGGAGCCAGCAUUAGAACCCAGGUCUUUCUGACUGCUCUAUCCACCAGUCCGUGCUGUUUCCCCAAGGUGCGGGAGGGAGAGAGGGUCCGGCAGCAGGACAGCGCAGACCCACCGACCCAAAGACCGACCGAUCGAGCGAGCCGAGACAGAAACAUCGCCCGCCCCGACCGCUCCCUCCGCCCCGGAGCUCCGCAUCCCGCCCCGCAUCCCGCCCCGCAUCUCGCCCCGCAUCCCGCCCCGCAUCCCGCCGGUCCCGGCUGUUCACCCCCAGCUCGCUCCCCGCCGCCGCACCAUCCGCUUCGUCCCGCCCGCUCCGUCCAACCCGUCUAUACCGGUCCUGUUCGGUCCUGUCCCGUCCCGUCCUGUCCGGUCCUCACUGCCCAGCCCCUCAUCCCGCCCCCCACACCAUGCUGUGAACCUGCCACUCGCCUGAGCCCGGGCCCCCUGCAAACAGCUCCUCGCCCGCUCGCCCACUCGCUCCGCCGCUCGCCCGUCCGCCCGCCAGCGCUGCGGAUUCACACCCCGAGGCUCGAGGAGCGGGAACCGCCCAAGAUGCCACGAGGAACCAGCAUGCUCUUCCUGUCCCUUCUCCUCUGCUUUGCAGUGACGAAGGCCCUGGGGCUGGUGUCGGCAGGCAAGGAGAAGCGGGGAUGGACCUUGAACAGCGCCGGCUACCUGCUCGGGCCAUAUGCCGUCGAUAGCCACAGGUCCUUCAGCGACAAGCUCGGAUUGGCCGGCAAGCGGCAGUUGCAGACGGAUGAGGAGACAAGGCUGGGAACCUGGGGGAGACCCGUGGCCGAUGACAACAUUGUUCGCACUGUGGUCGAGUUUCUGACUUUCCUGCGCCUGAAAGAUGCCGGUGUCCUGGACCUUCCCUUGACGGCGUCAUCAGAGGCUGGGGGUCCGUCCUGAGCGUGGAGGCGCGGACGGGGCCGCGGGGUCCUCCCGGGGGGAUGGGAAAGGGGGGGAUGAAGACGAGGGGCUGCUCUCAUCCUGGUCGGAGCUCGGUGCCUGGGCACCUCCAUCCUCUCGGCCUGGGUGUGGAGCAGGGAGGAGGGGAGACGUGCCCAGCUUUGGCCUCGACGCAGAGUUGACCCUAAGUGAUGAAAUAAAGAAAUAGCAGCUAA